AUGAAUAUUAUCUCCUCCUCUACAUUUCUGUCUUCAGCAGGACACACCAAUGGCAAGACUUGCUCCAAUUUGACCCAGGUACUGGACAACUGGAAAUAUGCCAUUUUAACCCAAGUGAAAGAUCUGCUGAUCAAUGACCACGCUUCAGUCCUGCCUGAAUACAACAGGAUCCAGCCUCUGUCCGAGGCCCUGGGAGACCUCUACAGGCAGUUCAACUCUCUGAAAGACGAGCUGGGUAGACUCACCUCAAAGUUUGACAGUGUGGAGGGUUUUGUGGACGACCUCAAGCAGGGCAGGUUUGCUCUGCCUCAGCGUCUCGUACAGAGGGUUCCCCCCGGUGUCGGACUGAGAUCUCCACUGCGAGCACAGAGGAGGCCUCCUUACAGGGGGACGGUCCAGGAGCCCACCCUUGUCAGAGCGAGGAGAAGAGGGCCACAGAGACCUUAGACCCUUCAGUGUGGAUGUUUCACAAUAAAUCAUAUCUUUUAUAUAUUCUUCACAUAAGGAGAUGAUACGU